AUGGCGGGUAAGAGGCUGCUGGCCGAGCGGGGGGCGCCCUCCCCGCCCGGCCCCAUGGGAGCUGGAGUCCGCUCCCCGUCUCCCUCCAGCAGGCUCUCUUUCUCGGCCUCCGCAGAGGCCUCGGGGGCAGCCCGCUUCUCCAAGGGCCGCUACCCGCCUACGCUGACCAUGGUCACCGAGGCCGUCGGGGCGCUGAACGAGAAGAAGGGCUCUUCCACCGCCGCCAUCAAGCGCUACAUCCGCCACAACUACCCCGGCGUGGACCCCAUCCGGCUCAAGUACUACCUGCGCAAGGCGCUGCUGAAGGGGCUGGAGAAGGGCUACCUGGUGAGGCCCCUCAACUCCUCCGCCCAGGGCGCCACCGGCAGGUUCAAGUUGGCAGCCAUAAAACCCAAGAAGGGAAAGGCGAAGAGGGCCCAGCCUGCCCAGGGGGAAGGCCCACCCCCCAAAGUGGAGAAGAAGGUGGAGGGCAAGGCGAGGGCUGAAAACCCCAAAGGCAAAGGGAAGGCAGACGCCAAGGGCAAGGAGAAAGCCGCCAGCAAGGAAGCCAAGAUGGAGCCUGACUCGGUAGGGGAGCUCGGCCCUUCCCUCGUGGCCCAAGUCCUUGGGCGGGCGGGCAGGCAGCCUGCCGCUGGGCAGGAGAGAGUCCUGGCUGCAGGCUCCACGAAGCCGAAGCCGAAGGAGAAGACGGCAGCCGAAGGAAAGGCUCCCAAGAAGCCAAGGGUCCCCAAGACCCUCCAAGGGAAACUGGCAAAACCCCCUGCCAAGGUGCCCCCCAAGGGAGAAGCCAAGGCAGCCGCCAAGGGCAAAGCUCGGCCCAAGGCAGGAGGCAAGGCUGAGCCCCCCUCGGGUGAGCCAGUCACGGCGGCAAAGGGGAGCCAAGCCAAGAGCCAGGCCGGGCCCUCCAAGGCCGGGCCCCCCAAGACCAGCGCUCCCAAGGCGGGAAAGAGGGCAGCGGCCAAAGGCAAAGAGAAGGAAGCCGAGGGGGCGGCAGGCCCAGAGGACGCCUGA